AUUAAUACCAACGAAGAAGAAAGCAUUUGCGCAGGCAGCGGUGUUGCGCAGCAGUGACUCUCCUCAACAUUUUUACAAGCUGUCAUGUGAUUGCUUAGUGGUUGUGUUUCUGUAGAGUGUAAGCUGCUGACCACUCUGCGUUUCAUCAUGGCUGAUGAUUUGAAGAGAUACCUGUACAAACAGCUGCAAAGUGUGGAAGGUCUGCAUGCUGUGGUGGUGACAGACAGGGAUGGAGUCCCAGUUAUCAAAGUUGCCAAUGACAACGCCCCGGUGCACGCUCUGAGGCCGGGCUUCCUGUCCACCUUCGCUCUAGCCACAGAUCAGGGCAGCAAGCUGGGCCUGUCCAAGAACAAGAGCAUCAUCUGCUACUACAACACCUACCAGAUCGUGCAGUUCAACAGGUUACCACUGGUCAUCAGCUUCAUCGCCGGCAGCAACGCCAACACAGGUCUCAUCAUGAGUCUGGAGAAGGAGUUGGCCCCCCUCAUAGAGGAGCUGAGGCAGGUGGUGGAGGUCACAUAAGCUCCAACAGACCUCCUCUUCAUCACGUUACAUUAUGAUGGAACUCCUCUUCACGUCUCCAUCUGUUGACUUUGCUUUCUACUCCUUUCUGCUUCUGAUCAGCUUUUUAACAGACACAACCAUGUUUAUAUGUCCAAUCAAACAUCAGCAACACCCAAUAAAUGUUUACUGCGAACAACUUCAA